AAUCAUUUAUACAUUUGAAAAACUUGGUCACCCUAUAGUAGUAUGCGAUAAAAUGGCGUCUGUCUUGUUUCGUUUGAUGACCUCGUAAAAUAUUAGAAAUAGUUUUAGUGUGUGGUGUGAUAGUUAUUGUAUGUAAUAGUUAUUUCUAAUUUAAAGAAAAUAUAAUUAUUAUUCGUAGAAACCUUGAAAAGGGACUCUUAAAGUACGUAUUAGUAAGAGUGAAAUGUCCGAGGAGACCGAGCGGCAUGGCGAGGCGUCGUGUGAUGUGGGAGCAGGUGGCGGAGGCUCGAGCAUAGCCCGCGUGUUAAUGACCCCGCUCCAGCUCGACGCCGCCGCGGCAGACUCGCUCCGCGCCGCGUGGAGAAACCAGGACUUGUACAUAGACCAUCUUGAAACGUUGAACAAACAGUUGGAAGGAAGCCUGGAAAAGGCGAAAGAGGUAGAAGAUAGAAUAAAACAGCAGUAUGCUGAGUCCCAACAUAGAGAGAAGGUGUUAGUUAGACGGCUUGCAGCUAAGGAGCAAGAGAUACAAGAUUAUGUUAGUCAAAUUACGGAAUUAAAGUCUUCCCAUGCGAGUCUCAAUGGACGGCCGACCCUAUUAGAUCCAGCAGUCAAUGUACUAAUUUUAAGGUUAAAACAAGAACUCACAUCAACUAAAGCGAGAUUAGAAGAAACUCAGAAUGAACUGUCUGCAUGGAAAUUCACACCAGACUCAAACACUGGCAAAAAACUUAUGGCAAAAUGCAGGCUGUUGCACCAAGAAAAUGAAGACCUUGGACGUAUGACUUCAAGUGGGCGAAUAGCUAAGUUAGAAGGCGAUCUAGCACUACAGAAAAGCUUUAGCGAAGAAGUUAAAAAAUCACAAUCAGAACUCGACGAGUUUCUGCAGGAGUUGGACGAGGAUGUGGAGGGCAUGCAGAGUACGGUGCUGUUCUUGCAACAGGAGCUGCGCGCGUCGCACGCCACAGUGAACGGCACGCGCACGGCGUCGCGCGCCGCCUCGCCCGAGAAGCGCACGUACUCGGGCAGCGACUGCAGCGACACGCCGCCCGGCAAGAGGAGGCGCGCCUCGGUGCUGUCGCUGGACUACAACGAGGACGAGGAGCCGCUCACCGUACCCAACGGGGACGCCGACUAGCGCAGGAGCGCGCGCUUCACAUACAGAACACGCUACUUUAAUAUGAACUAGUGAACUUGUGAAACGCUAUCGUAUGUUUGUAGCCUUCUGGCCAUUUCGUUGACUCGAAAUUGUUAUUGAUGAAUUAUUGUGAGUGAUCAUUAAUGUCCAAUUAUGAGGUGAAACGCUGGUUCCGUGUCUAAUCACUCAUUUACAAAACAUGUGAGAUGCUUAUUUAUUAGCAUAUAAAGUGUAUUCUUAAAAAAACUAUGUACUUUCAUUAGAAGACAUAAUAAAUAGACUAAUAUGUGUCAUUUCCAUUGACAAUUAAUUGGUGAUGAUUGUGUCUAUCGUGAUGAUAAUAAUAAGAAAACAUUUGGUAAAAAGCAUAGUUUUGCGUUUUUAUGCACAAUGGACCAUGUGAUCAGAUUUAAUAGUGAAUCGUUUUUGACAUUGUUUUUACACUGAAAUAAUUGAGAAUAGACGCUGAGUUGACGAUUUUAUAAUUUAUUUAUAAUAAGUGAAUUAAUUGUGAUACUUAUUAGAGACCCAAUGAUAUAUGAAGUAAUGCGAUGACCUGUGUUGCAACAGCUUAAUAUUUGGUGGCAUUUAUUUUAUUUGUAUGCCACAGAAUGGAAUAACAUAGUGUGUUGGUACUGUUGGUAGCAAUAAUGUGUAACACCAAGCCUAAUGUUUUAAUAAUUGUCACAUUUGUAAUAAAUUUAUGUGAGUUCGAAAAUGAAAUCUUUCUAUUUUCAAAUUACAAUGAUUGUAUAUAGUAAUGUUAAUAAACAUAUAUAACUUGCA